AUGACCAGUGAUCAAUUUGGCCAACUGUAAAUAUGAGAGUGUACGUCGGGCUGCCAAAAUGUGUGGGCUUCGGGAAGCAACUGAGAUUGAUGAAUGGACCUUGUAUUGGACAGAUUAUUCUGUUUCUCUGGAUCGGGUAAUGGAGAUGAAAAGUUAUCAGAAAAUAAAUCAUUUCCCUGGGAUGACAGAAAUCUGUAGGAAGGACCUUCUAGCCAGGAAUAUGAGCAGAAUGUUAAAGCUUUUCCCCAAGGAAUUCAACUUCUUUCCCAAGACUUGGUGUCUUCCUGCUGACUAUGGUGAAUUGCAGGCCUUUGGGAGAUCAAAAAAACAUAAAACCUACAUCUGUAAACCAGACUCUGGUUGUCAAGGCAAAGGCAUUUUCAUCACAAAAACUGUAAGAGAUAUCAAACCUGGGGAGGAUAUGAUCUGCCAGCUCUAUAUCUCAAAGCCAUUUAUUAUUGAUGGUUUCAAGUUUGAUCUUCGGAUUUAUGUGUUGGUGACAUCAUGUGAUCCAUUACGGGUAUUUGUUUAUGAGGAGGGACUUGCACGUUUUGCAACAUCUAUGUAUUCAGACCCAUCACAAAGUAAUUUGGACAAUGUCUGCAUGCACCUGACUAAUUAUUCAAUUAACAAGCACAGUGCUAAUUUUGUACGAGAUGAAGAUUCUGGUAGUAAGAGGAAGCUGUCCACUUUUAAUAAGUACAUGGAUCAAAAUGGUUAUGAUACAGGGCAAAUAUGGAAGGAUAUUGAAGAUGUUGUUAUUAAAACAUUGAUAUCAGCCCAUCCUAUCCUCAAGCAUAAUUAUCUCACUUGCUUUCCCAACCAUACCCUGUGGAGUGCUUGUUUUGAGAUCCUGGGAUUUGACAUCUUGCUGGAUCGAAAACUAAAACCAUGGUUGCUUGAGGUGAAUCAUUCUCCAAGCUUCAGUACUGAUUCAUGGCUGGAUAAAGAAGUGAAAGACCAACUAUUAUAUGACACUCUGGUAUUGAUCAACCUGGGAGCAUGUGAUAAGCGCAAAAUCUUGGAAGUAGAGAAACGACGAGGAAAAGAAAGGCUUCUCAAGCAGUGCCGUAAUCGCGAAGCCAGAGCCGAGGAAUUCAAGAACUGCCAGGCUAUGUGGCUUCAACAAGCAGAGAUCUAUGAAGAAAACAACACAGGAGGUUAUCGCCGAAUAUAUCCCAAUUCUGAUUCUGUCAGAUAUGAUAGGUUUUUCCAACAGAAUAGUUCACUUUUCCAGGAAACAGCAGCUUCCAGAGCCCGUGAAGAGUAUGCAAGGCAUCAGCUGCAGGAACUGCGUCUCAAACAAGAACAAAAAGUUACAUUGAAAGAAAAGAAGACUGAAUUCCCAGGAGAGUCCAGUGGAGAAAAAACAAAGAUUCCUAGGCCAAAGACCGUAAAUAGAUCAACUAUACUGCCAGUCUCUGUCCAGACUCAGAUUUGUUUAGAAUCUGGACCUGAGGCUGCUCUCCUGCUUGAACAUUUUUCGGAUGAACAAGAGCCCAAGAAAGAAGUGACUUGUGAAUCUUCAAGUAUUUCCUCAAAUAACAGCCCUGAAACAGACAGCCCGGAGUAUUCUGCAAAUUAUCCAGUGAGGCCUUACACUUCUGUGCCUGAUUUGACAUGGCAGAAUUCAUCCAGCACUCCAGAACAAUCUAAUUCCAGGCCAGAACUGAAGAAUACCAUUAAUAGUCACCAUUCUGCAACUAAUAUGAACAUUAAAACAAAAUAUCAACCACCAAAUGGAUUUACAAAAGCAUGCAGUAAACAAAACUCAUGUCAUCCUGACACACAUUUUCCAACAAUGAGCAAACAUCGUGUGAGGAGCAGAACUGCAAAAGACAGAGGUGUCUGUGAAACGCCAACUGUUAAAAAUUUCCACCCAUUUGGUGAAAUGUCUUUUCAGUAUCAUGUUGGAGAAAAAGCUUCAUCACACUCAGCAGUCAAGGCAAUCAGAAAGAACUUUUCUGAGAAUGGCAAGGGAAAAACAUCUUUCUUUAUUUCAGAAUUUUUCAGCAAAAAUUUUACAGCAUCUGAAAAGCAAUUAAAACAACUCUGUCAACUCCCAUCUCAACACUCCACCAAUCGAGCAAAAAGUGCUUCCCUUCCCAGAGAAAUCACAGGGACCAGAAGUGCUUCUUGCAAGAAGCCAGCAAAAUACUAUAAUAUUCACUUCAGCCUGCAGAAGCCAACAGUUCAGCAACACAACUUGCAAGAUUUGCUGGUGAUCUCACAGAUGAACAGCCAGACCACAAGAGCUAAUGACCCAAGAGUGAGAAGUAGUCCCUAUUCUUAAGGGUCAUAAUGAAUCCUUUGCAAGCACUGGAUAGCAUUAGAACCCAAAAGAAACAGCUUUCUAUUAAAGAGAACCCAGAACUAUUUGAACUAUUCAACUAUACAUUUUUCAAGCAUAAUUCCAUUGAAAGGAGCUUCCAUGCAGCUGAUGAAAUUUGAGCUAUGAAAUAAUAGGGUCUUUUUAGAGUAAGUGGAUCUGAAAAUAGCAGAAUGUCCUGAUUUUUCUGUUUCUUGAAGAAAUAUGCAGCUGCUAAUAGUUUUCUAAAUGAAAAAAUCCUCUCCUAUACAUUUUUAAGAAAAUGAAUGCUGCAUUAAGUGACUUUCAAAUGUAGAGAUGUGAUCUUUUGUACGACUCCCAGUCACGUAUUUCUGUACCUCUGCCUUGUUCUGUGUACUACAGAUUGACUCCUAAGAAUUGAACUCAAUCCAACAUAUGGUGGGGUGUGUUUUUUUCCUGAUUUUUUUUUUAAAUAAAAAAUAGCCUUGGAAGUUUCGGUGGGGAACUAAAAUGCUGCUUAACUGUUCUCCUCCAGUUAUCUAUUCAUUCAAACAUUUCCCCAUUCUAUUAUUUUACCUAUUGUGGAAAACAUACAGGUCUCAGCAGUAACUCCUAUUCCACCUUCUGUUUUCUAUUGCAGCUCCCAAAACUGCUUUUCAUUUUAAAUAAAAAUCGGGAAAGAACUAUGUGAUAGUUAAUAGUUCUAAAUAAAGUUUUUUAAAUGGCGAAGAUUCGUAUGCAAAGAGAUUUUGUGUUUCUCAGUGAAAUAAACCACGAAUUGAUU